AAUAUCUCGAAACUUUUCUAGUCACCAUGUUUCUAACCAGAUCGGUUCCCACAUGGGUACCACGGGGAUUUAGAAGCCUCGUAUAUAGUGCGGUUCUACUGGAUAGCAGGAGAUCAGUGCCCCGAGCAAAGCCAGACAGGUCUGAAUCCAAAAAUCGAUUUGCCAACCGGUUUUCCAACGAGAUGAGACCAAAGUUCCACUCUCCAGAAAGAAAACCACCCAGAUUUAAACUCGAUGGAUUUACCCCCAAAGCCCAGAGUGCUCUCAAUUCUGUUAUAGAGAAGGUCAAGAACGACAACCCUAGUAUGAAGGUCAAACUUGUGAAUAAAGGAAAACUUCAAGAAAGGCAUCUCGCCGAUAUCAUCAACGUAUUGGAUUCUCAAACAGAGGGAAUCCAGCUAGUUCCAAAUAAUGAUAACCAGUUUCUCAUAAAGCACGUCACCGUGCAAGACAUGAUAAAAGGGUACACGAACGAGUUGGCAAAGGAUAUGGAACAAAUGCUUUUAAGUAAGGGUAAUGUUACUGUUUCUAGAGUCUUAAGACUGAGAGAUAAAGCCGACAAAAAGAAAUCUUCUGCCAAAACUGUUUCAUUGAAGUGGAGCAUCAGCUUAGGCGACUUACGUCUACAGAAGAAAGCCGAAAUUGAGAGGAGAAUCAGCAAAGGUGAACGGUUCCUGAUCCAUGUUCAUGGUAAAAAGAGACCUGAUCCCGAAAAUCCUGAUCACUUCACUGAAUUCGACGCUAAUUUGGAUCCUUUUGAGCUCAAGAGACGCCAGGUGGUUGUAGACGAACUCCAAGGUUUGCUAGAGCAAACAGAAACCAAGUUUGAACGGAAGGGUGGUCUCAAGGGACUUUUGAUGUUAACCUGUAUACCUAAAGACGUUCCCACUACAACUGCUAAACCUUCAGAUAAGAAGCAAAAACCGGUAGAGAAAAAGAAGAAAGAAGAGCCCGAAAAGGCCCCAAAGGUGGAAGAGGAGGAUUUGGAUGCAUUAUAUCUGUUUAAAAUUGAAAACUAAUAGUGCACACUUGUAGAUAGUAACCCAAUAUUUGUACAUUAAGAAGAAAUAAAUAAACCAGCAAUGAUCAUAAUCAGACUAUACUGCCGUAGUUGGUGGAGUGACCACCUCUUUGUAUGCUUCUCCCUCUCUCCACCAGUGACUUUCUAUGUUCUCGUAAUUUUUUCACUUUAUAGCCAUACCGAUGACUGUCAAUUACAUUGUCCACCACUGGAUAGUUGAUGAGACGCUUGAUCUCCGAUUGAUCUAGGCGGUAGUUGUUGAUCUCCUGGUACGCAGCAUGAUAUAAAGCUUCAUCAUCAUCUAGCAUUUCGUUGUCGUAAUUAAACUCGUCGUUAUUGAGAGACGCAGCAAUCGAGAAGCUGCCGAGUUCUUCGGUUGGUGAUAGUUCAGGAGACAGUUCAGGCGAUGCCAAAUUCUUUGGAGAGUUCGAUACUAUACCUAGGGUGGAAGUACCAAAAGAGUUGAUGGAAGGAGCGCCUAGGAUUUCGUCUCCAAUAGUGGCAUUUUCCACUAUCGAUCGGUUGUCCACAGAUAGUGGUAGCCAGUACUUCUGUUUACCAUCAUAAUGAUAUCUGAGUCCCUGGUUGAUUUUCUUCAUCCGAGCCUUGGAGCUAGGAUGGUGAAUUAGGGCAUUUACCGAGUCGAAUGUCUUGAAGUCCUUGUAAUAAUCCCCGUAGUAUGUGAGUUUGAAGUCUUGGAUCAAGUCCUUGAUCCCCACCAUAUCUCGCACCGCAUGGUAGAAGCUUAACCUGCUGUUGGGAAUAUAUUCCAAAGUAAAAGGUUUAUAAGAAAAUGAUAACCAAUGGCCUAUUGCAAAGGCUAUAAGCUCCACACACAAAAGAGCAUUCUGAAUAGAUAUACCGAUAUUGGAAUUGUUUUUAGACGUAUCUCCAGAUCCCGGCAAUACGUGAAAAUAGUUCAAAAUUGCCAACAACACUCCUUGCCAAUACGAAGCAAAGAUAAUAAGCUUAACACAUAAAAACUUCCCCACCGGAUUGAAAGGCUUCAAAUCAUCCCACAAGAUUUUCCAAAAUAUCGCCAAACAGUACAACGACACACUGACACUGAGAUUGUAAAGCACCAUCAACCAAAGAUAUAUGGACUCGGCCCCCAUAUUGU